UAUUAUAGUGUUUGUGUGCCGCUAUCGAAGCAUUCGAAACACUCAAAACAUUUGAAAUAAGAAGUGACCAUUUUACGAGAAACUUCGAAGUUCCUAUGAAAUACGACUAAACAUUCGUUAGUUAGUUGUGAGUUGUUCACGUUAGCGCAUCUCAUACGAUUGUUUACUUUGUUUUUCGUUUAUUUCCUCUCAUACCGUACACAUUUCAUUAUGACGAUUUCAUUGGAAAUCGACGAAGGUUUGUUCAGAACGUAUGUAUUUUACACGGCCGUAUUAGUACUGAAAGUAUUAGCGAUGGCCCCACUAACGGCUAAACAACGGUUCAGGAAAAUGAUAUUUGCUAACCCUGAAGAUGCAAAGAUGAAUUCAAAAUCAAAAGUGAAGUAUGAUGAUCCUGAUAUUGAAAGAGUCAGAAGGGCUCAUCUCAACGAUUUAGAAAAUAUUCCAUUCUUUAUAAUUGUAUGUUUUGGUUACUUAUUAACCAAUCCAGAUUUACAUAUUGCUACUAAUUUAAUAAGAUUGUUUGUAGCAAGUAGAAUAAUUCAUACAAUAGUUUAUGCUGUGAUUGUUAUACCACAACCAGCAAGAGGUUUAUCUUGGUUCAUUGGAUAUGGAACAACCUUGUACAUGGCUCUUCAAGUUAUUUUGAGUUUUGUUUAAUAUUAUUGUAAAAAAAAAAAAAAAA